AUGGAGGAUAUGCGCGGAGUUCCUCUGGUGGAACUCUUCUGGAUCAAAGAGUACGUGAGUCGGCACCCGGUGAAGCCACCGAACCACGUGCACAGCGUGCUGCCGGAGCUGCGGAACAUCUAUUCGACCCGCAGCCGCGCGGAGAGCCAACGGUGCUACGACCGCGCCAAGGCCCGGCGCAGGCACGCCCUGUGGACCUUCCUGAACGCCAGGUCGCUGGCCGCGUUCCAAAGAAGCCGAGUCUUCUGGGCCAAGUCCCGACACCUGCGGCUGAAGCGGUACAUCAGCCGCUUGAAGCGAGCAGAUCGGAACCACGCGCUGAAGCGACGGAAGGGGCAAAAGCGGCGCGCCCGCUGCCUGGAGCCCUGGAGCCAGCGCCGGGGGCCCCAAAGGGAUUUGUGCACACCGCCCUGCCGCCUUGGUUGGGCUUCCUUUUUGGCGAGCGAAACGAACAACGAGCUCACCAUGCUGGAUGCGCUUUGGAUCAGCGGCAAGGGGUUCCAAUUCUAG